CACAUACACGCGCUCCAGCGAUACAAUAGGCCGCGACCACAGAGGGCGUGUCCUCUGUGUAAAGGGUUUAUGUUGCCCUGAGUUUAGUCUCUCAGGCUACGCCCAAAAUAUAUUGUUCUAUGACAAUGUAAAUUAAAUACCAUUGGGUUUUGGACAAAACAAAUAAUUUUAAGACCUUGUGCAGAGGAAAUUGUGAUGGAUCUAUCUAAAACUAAUACAGCUAAUGCAACAGUCCUGUAACAAAUCCUAUGUUCAUGAUGGUUAUAAUGUUCAGUUUGUGUUGAUAAUGAUUGAUUCAGCUGUAUGUUUAUUUUGGAAGAUGAUUUUUGUGGUUCCCUUGAACUGCACUGUGUUAUUUCAACAGGUGUGCCUAUUAUGCUGUCCACUCCACUUACAUUUUUGAGGGAAGACUAAAUAAUAGACACACCUCUCUGUAUAUAAUGGAAUACAGUUCAAUGACAGCACAACCUACAUCCUCUGAAACUAUCAUAAAGUUGAAUCAGUACCCCCCUAAAACAAUUUCAAUAAAAUAAGCGAACAUUACAACCGUUAUGAAGACAGGAUUAAUGGCGUUUUUCCUCUCAAAAAUAGCUACAUAUCUGAUUAAUCGACCAGUCCGUUUUACAGUUCUUGUUUCGAACAUGUGGGGGUAUUUAAAUAUUAAAACCUUUCCAUCCCGGACUUUCCGACCUGUCGCUACACGUAUAAUCCGCGGUGGGCGGGGUUUAGAACUGCACACACGGGGAUCAUUACAAACACACCAGCUGCUCUCUUCUGUGGCAGUUAUUUUUACAUGUUCAUGCUAACGCCCUUUUUUACCCCCACAAACAAUGCCUAUAACAUAUUAAUAUUACUUUGAUGGUAUGAGUUGAUUUAGUUGCUCGAAUGUGAAAGUUUUAGACAACUUUUUCCCUCAAUGGGUGUAAGAAUGUGUAGUCGGUUUGGGAGGGAAAUAACGGUACACGACGUUAGCUGAACGUUAGCUUCACGGCAACAGGUCGGGUCAGUUGGCCAGCUAGUUGUUAAUGGGCUCAGUCAUGGAGCGCGCUGCUUUUUCUAAAUAUUCCUGGAUCGACUUUCUCUUCUCUGUGGUCGGAGUUUGUACUUUCCUCGUAGACUGGGGCUCGGACGUAUGGGUGGCCACCGAGUUUUACCGCCGCGGGGACUUUUUCUGGUUCGGGGUGCUGGUCGGCCUCAUGGUCCUGUCCUCUGUCGUGGUCCAGAUGUUCAGCUGGUUCUGGUUCAAGUACGACCGAGAACUGCCGGAGUUCAGCGCUCAGACCGGAGCACGGACCGUGCUCUUUGGGGACCGAGUGAAGCUCUCCUGCCUGUUACAUGUGCUGCAGCUGGGGUUCCUCUGCAGGCAUAUCUCCGCCAUACGCCAGGGCUUCAGGGUCUGGUGGCGCAAAGAGGAAGGAUCAGAGUACGCUGUUUAUCUGACACAUGACCUCAGCAUGCUCAGGCUCAUCGAGACGUUCUGCGAGAGCGCUCCUCAGCUCACCCUGAUGAUCUAUGUCAUGCUGUGCACCAACAAGGCCAGGGCAGUUCAGUUUGUGAGCAUUGCUGCAUCAACCACCUCAAUAGCCUGGAUGGUGGUUGAUUACCACCGCUCCCUGCGCUCCUUCCUCCCAGACAAAGCCAAGCAGGGCUGGGGUUCCUCCUUGAUCUACUUCCUGUGGAAUCUGCUGCUGAUCGCUCCACGUGUUGCAGCCCUCGCCCUGUUCGCCUCUGUCCUGCCUGGGUACGUCGCCGCCCACUUUCUCCUCCUGUGGCUUGUGUUUGUGCUGUGGGCGUGGCGACAGAAGACAAACUUCAUGGAUAGCGUGGGUGGGGAGUGGCUCUACCGGGCCACCGUGGCGCUCAUUUGGUACUUCAGCUGGUUCAACGUAGCGGAGGGUCAUACCCGAGGCCGGAGCUUCAUCUACCACUCCUUCAUCACCACUGAUGGAGGGAUCCUGCUGGUGACCUGGUGGUGUUACAGAGACCCUGUCCAGACCGAGUCCUACGGCCUCGCUCUCAUCAUCACUCUUCCUCUCAUCUACCUCCUGGGACUGAUCUUCAAAGCCCUCUACUACUGCUGCUUCCACCCCAAACUGUGGAGGCCCCCUGUGAGGGACCUGGGACUGCCUGAUGAUCUGCCUGACGCAGAAGUGUCCUUCAGAGAUGUUUCCAUCCAGGACGGCGCCCUGUCCUCCCAGUUUCUCAACAAGCGGAUGGCCUUCCAUGCCACUCACUUUUACUCAGAGCAGAGAGCCAUUGGAAAGACUAAUAACACAAACAGAGCAGAGUCUUCACAUCUGUGACGUCUGCUCUACUGAUAAAUGUGCUCGUGAUGGAGUGCUGUCCGUCUCCGUCAGUCCAACUCUAGACUGUUUCCUGUUUGUGCUGCAGUUUGUCAGAUGCUCAGUGUCCUUUAAAUCAACACACAGGCUCAAGAACAGUAUUUAAAACAGAAGAAUGGGUGAUAAGGAUAAAAUCCUUUUCACAUUAGUAUACAUAUGCCUGACAAAUCCAGGUAUUCUACAAAUCUAAUAUUGCCAUAAAGCAGCUCUGCAUUGCCACAGACACCUAAAAACAUUAAGAGGACAGCUACUACAACAUAAAUGUUAUGAAAAUAAAUCUGUUUACAAAUGAAUAUCAUCUGAAAGAAUACACUGCAAUAUUUCUCCACUUUACUUGAAACUAUGGUUAUUUCAUAAGCUAAUUUUCUAGUAAAUUUUCUAGCUAGCUUUACAUUUGAUAGAUUUUCUACAAGCAAAUGUAUUUUACUAUCUGCAUCAUUUUUUUACAAUCAUUUUUACAUGUUAAAAAAUGGGGGUAAAGACAACUUUCUUUCACUAGCUGCUGUUGUGUGAACACCUUGUAUUUCCAAAAUGCAAACUUUGUAGAGACCAAGAAAAUAAUCUUCUUUUUGUUUCAACAAUAAAUCAGAAAAACUAUAAUACUAUACUAUAAUAAUGAUAAUAAUAUAUUCAGUUUUGAAAGAAGUAUUAAGCCCAAGAAGUCUGUCAAAUGUUUUUUCUAAUUUUAGAAUUAAGUUACAGAAAUGAUCCAGAUUAGAUUAGUGAGGGGUUCACAUGACAACAAGAAGUAUUUAAAUGUGUGUUGUGUUAUUUGGUUGUGUUACAGCUGCUGCCACUGAAGGACUUUGAAUGUAGAUUUGACCAUAAGCUCAUUUUCUUUAUCCUGCUACGGCUCUUUUAUACCAUUUGACAGAUUUUUUCAUGAUGAUAUUUAUGGUGAGAAACAAGUCCAGGUCAUGUGCUGAUUAUUUAUAUGUUAGCUCAGAACUGGUAGUGCAUAUUUCACAACUAGUGACACAACAAACUUUUUCUCUCAUUCAUCCACUGUUUGUUUUUCUUGUUUAAAUGUGACAUGUUUUUUUUUUUCUUUGGUAUCACUUCAGACUCAUCAAAGCACACUUUCCUCUCAGUGUGGUGAGUAAUUCUGUGCCAAACUUAGACGAUCAGCAUGUUUGAUUUAAACCUCAAGUUGUUGUUUCAUGUGUUGUUUUCACGUCAAGUUCAUUCAUUUCAGCCAAAAGUCAAGGUCCCUACUGGUUAUCUGGUCGUUUGUCCUGUGCAAUUAUUAAAGCUGUAGCACUGUUAAAUUA